GUUAUACCUUGUUAUCAUUUGCAUUUAAUGUGUUUGAAAUAUGAUUUGACUAAACCAUCUAACGGAACUGAUCUGUGUUUAAUAGGAUUUUAAUUUUCUUGCACUUGAUUUUAGAAGUUCAAGAGUAUUAUAGAAUGGCCCUCACAACUUUAAACCGGUUAAAUCCGACUAUCACUUGGCAUCUUAAGCAUUAUCCUGAUGUUAUUCAGAGCAUCAGAUCUAGUUAAGCCUGUAAAAACGUUUUCACAUUUAAUCAUAAAUAUUCUUUGCAGGACCGUCAGGACUGCUCAAAUAUCAACAAACACAGGUGUUUAAAUACUCCUGGAAGAAAAUGAUUUCUCAUUAAUCUUGCUGCAUGGCUGGAGUAAGAUAAAAGCUUUUGGAAGAACAGCUUUGGAUACCUUUGCAAUGAUUGAGUGGACACAUUUUAAAUACAUAUGAAACCCAUAAGAUGAAGACCACCCGUUGGAAAGUUAACUGAACAUUACCGGUUUGCUUAAAUUAAUCCUCAAGAAGAAGCAAUGCGCCUAACUUCUGAAAAUCCUUAGUUCAGUGUCAUAGCAACACCUAUGCAAAAUAGUCUAUGAAACGUGUGCUUCGGAAAGUAACUCUUUUAGUAACAGAACAUGUGCUUCUCUGUCUUCUCUCUGCCUCCACCCCAGGGCCAAUUCAUAAACGGGGCUGGCUAACGGCCCCGUAAUAAUGACCGUGGAAUGAGGCAAACCUCCCACUGUAGCAUAAGGAGAAAUAGAAGAAUUUCCAUAUGCUUUCUCUUCAUUUCUGGAUGGCUGGGGGUCGGGCUGCAGCUGCUGCCCUUGCUGCUACUUCUGUUACCAAUGGCAUUCAGACUGACAGCUCUCAGUGCCAAACCAACAACUGUACUCAGGAGGUCCUGAACAAGACAGUGGCAGCGGCAGCAGGAACAGCAGUGGCAGCCACCUCCACCCCAGCCCGGCCGAGACACUCUUGGGUCCACCGCUACCACUGAACAGCGAGGAGCGAAGCUGGGAACUACCCUGCAGGAGACACGUGUGUGUCCGCUGGCUUUGCAGUCCCGGGUCCAUAUCUCCGCCUAUUCCCUUCGCCCUCGGCCACAUGCUGACGGGAUAAGCAUGGAAGCCCUCUUAAAGUCGCCCGGCGAGCGAGCCACUAGCCACAGUAAAGGGGGAGCGGCAACGAAGGACAGCAGGAUGAAACGCCGCCCUGCAGAGCCAUUCACCACAAUCACCUCCAAGGAAUCGACCUAUGUGGAGAUUCAGGAUUUCCCCCGAGGGAGGGAAGCCAGUCCCCAGACCCUAAAGCUGACUUUGGCAGGGAGCGGAGGAAAAGUGGCCUUUCUCAGCCCUAAAAACGGAGCUUGUGAGAUCAGCGCUGUUAGCUGCUCGGCUCACAACGCGCUGGCAGCGACAAGUGGAAAUCCAGCAUCCUUCACCCGUGACUCUAAACCAGGGGCCAGCCCAGGAUCCCCGAGGAGGAAGGGUAAUGAGGCGGGGGGAUGCAGGGCUGGCUCCAACUCGGGCGGAUCUAAUGAAAACACUUCGUCUGGACUCCCCAACGCGCAGCUUUUCCCGAGCGGCUGCCCGGAGUCGUCGUCCUCUUGCCCAUCCCCGGUGAACAAGGCAAGCGCGUUCCCCAAAACGGAUGACACUGCAACCGAGGGCAAAACCUCCUCCUCUUCCUUUGGGUACGAAAGCGACGAUGACGAAGAUGCGGACUGCAAAGCAAGAGGGGGGAGCCGGGGGGCUUCCCAGCCCACCGACUGCAGCGAGACCAGCCCUGCUAACGAUGAGGCGCAUUACAUUACCACGCACGAAAUCCAGCUCAGCGAGGUGGACCACGACAUGGACUUUGACUUUGGCCUGGCCUCCAGGUGGGACUUUGAAGACAACAAUGUGAUCUACUCCUUCGUGGAUUACGCCUCCUUUGGGAGCGACGAGACCCUCGGGGACACGCAGACGGAGGAGGACAAUAGCUGUUAUCUCAGCACGACCAGCGAUGCCAAUAACCAGACGGACAGCAUCGAUAAUACCAGCAGUACGGAGAUAGUCAGCAUUAACUCUGAAAACGAUACCCCCAGCACAGACAAAUGCGCCAGCUCGGAAGAAAGCCAGCCCAAGAACCCCGGCCACAUGAGUGAGAACCCAGCUGCAGGCCACAUUCUCCUAUCAAUCAAACCGACUUCCCGGGCUAUAAAUGAGCUUAGCAACCUGCAUGAGAAGCAAAACAUUAUUUACGCUGCCAAGCAUGAAGGCGACAUGAGCCUCCGUGUCUCCACAGCUCCCGAACGCAAAGCCAGUUUCAAACAAGACGCGAUUCAUGACCAGGCAAAAAAAUUUAUCGCUGUCCCCGCGCGUUUGCAAACCCGGUGUGGAGCCAUAAGGGCGAAGGAAGUGGGCGGAUAUUCCAGCGGUGCCUCCAGCGCGGUCAGCGAGCUGGAUGAUGCGGAUAAAGAAGUGCGAAACCUGACGGCCCGAGCUUUCCGGAGCUUGGCUUACCCCUACGUUGACACGCUCAACUUCAGCUCCAGGGAGUCCUCCACGUCCCUUUCGGAUCAGGCGCUGGGGAUCAACCGAUGGUCCACCUAUUUAGACCUGAAGUGCGGCAAUCUCGGGCAGAAAUCGGAGCAGAACCUGUUAAAGAGCAGCGCCGAACCUACCGGAUGGCACAGAAGCGCUGGGGCGAAGACAUGCAGUGACCAGUUCUACAUUCGCUCCAACAAAUCGCAGACGAAAGCCCUAGAGUUCGUGGUCAGCAAGCUCGAUGGGGAAAUAACCCACGUGGAAACGCCAGCGUGCUUCGAGAAGCGGAUCCAGUCGGGCUCCCGGGUUGUAACUUUAUUGGAGACGUUGAAUUUUAGCAGCAAUGUUAACGCUGGUGUCCCCAGACCCGCGAAACGUCUUGGACAUGCUGCCGCAGCGGCAGAUUGCGCAGAUGAGCUUCCGGAAACGCUGCCCAGGGAGCCGGGCCAGGAGGCCAGCAAACAAACCGGGUUGGCCGCGGCAGAAGUCCCGGAGGGCACCCCGAAUAAAUCGAAAUUCGCCUCCAGCCUCCUCAAGAAUGUCAUCUCGAAGAAAAUGCAGCGGGAGCACGAGUUCAAAAUGGAGAGGGGAGAGAUCACAGACACUUCGUACACGGGACUGGCCGCCUCCUUGCCUGGCAAGGAGCAGGAGGGCUCGGUCAGGGAGAAGCUGAAAGAUGGAGGCAUGCAGCGGCAGAACUCCAGGUAUUCCGAGGGCAGCUCUGACUACACGAUUGUGACCGCAGAGGACCCAGGGGACUUUUCUGACAGCAAGUCGCCGACCUCCAAGGCGUCUACUCCUCGCCUAGACCGACCCCUGUCGGAAACGCGCCUGGAGAACGUGUGCGAAAUUAAGAAGAGCGCCUCGGAGGCAAUCAAAGCGACCUUCCUCCGCAGCCAGAACAGCGCGUUCAGGUCCUGGAAAGAGAAAGAGGCAGAGAAGAAGAAAGAAGAGCGAGCUCCCAUCGGGAAACUUCAGUUCUCCUCCGCCAAGUAUGACUGGCGGGCCGAUCUGGGUGAGAUCUCAACCAGCAAGUGCACUAAAAUGUCUCGUCUCUUCGUCCCAAACAUUCAGCGCAUCCCCACGGGAAAGCAGCCUGGCACGCAGGUGACAAAAUACUCCACAGCCACCUGUGCGGCUCGGGCUGGCACCCCCGUAAUGCCCAGAGCCCCCGAGAUCAAGAUCAGCCUGGGCAGCGUGCAGCCAAGCAAGGAUCACCCCUUUGACAUCGCUAAGCUGCUCACCCCCAAACUAGCCGCGACCGCACCCACCCUUUUCAAGGCAGCGGAGGAGCCCCGAGGCCAGGCUCAGAAGGCAUUCAAAGCGGACGGCCUGGACAAGGUGCCGCAAUUCCUGGUGCGCGAUAUAAGAGAAAACAAGCCUAAAGUCCCCGGGCCCAUUCACCAGGUAAGAGACGUCAGGAAACUGAUCAAGAGCUCGUACGGCCACGACUCGGGCGAUACCAACAGCGACAGGAGCAGCGCGCUGUCCGACCAGGGCAGCGCUGAGCAGAAACCGAGGCAGCUGGCCAUAGCGGGGAUCCCCAGGGCUCUGUCUCCCAUGGUGAUAACCUGCCAGGCGGUCAGUAACAGCAGGGAGGACAAGGGGCCGGGCGAGGCGGGGGGCAAGGUGCUGCCUGCCAUGGCAGAGGGGACAAUCCUGGUGCACAGGACCUCCGGGAGGCUGCCCGUGGCCACCAUCGCCCCCAACAAGAGUGACCCCCGCUUGCCCGCCGUGCUGAAGAUCGUGUCCAAAGCCUCCGCACCCUGGCGGCAGCAGCCGCCGCCGCCCGCACCCGCUCCCGCUGAGAAAGGCAAGGGGGCGGAUGAGGAGCCGCGGGAGGAGGCCAAGGCGCCGCCCAGCCGCAACGCGCUGGAGAAGCUGACGGCGGCGGUGCGCAGCAUGGAGGAGCUGUACAGCUUCAGCAAGCACGAGUGGAAGCGCAAGAGCGACCCGCGGCCCAUCACCGACAGCCACGUGCUCUCCCUCAUCGCCAGCGAGGAGCGCGGGGCCGCGGGGCCAGCCGAGGCCAGGAGCGCGGCCCCGCCCCCGCCAGCACCCGAGCGCCAGCUCCGUCCGCGUUCUGGCCCCAAGUCCGACAAAGUCUCGGCCAGGGCGGCCGCGUUCGAGAGCCUGGGGCGGGAACGGCCCCGACCCCUGCCCGGGCCCCGGGGGGAGGUGGCCGCGGCGCACAGAGCUCUGGACUCGCAGCCACCACGAAGCAGCGUCUUCACCAUCAGCUCCGCGCAGAAGGCGGCGGCGGCCGCCCCGGCCAAGCUCCCAGCCGCAGCCUCGCAGCUCCGCAGCCUGAAGGGCCAGGCCGGGCCGGACCCGCGCUCCCUCAAGCUCCCCCCGGCCGCCGCCGAAGGGAAGGGGCCUGGCGAAGCCGAGAAGGGCGCGGCCGGGCCCGACUGCGGGAACUACCUGGCCAUGCCGCUCAAGGAGCCGUCGGCCGCGGGAGAAGCCAGCACAGCACCCGCACCGCGCCGCCCCGAGCUGCCGCCCGCCGCCAUCUAUCAUCAGCCGCUGCCGAUGGCCGCCCUGCACGGCGCGCAGCCCCCGCCGCUGCUCUGCUUCUCGCCGCCGUCGGCCGCCGAGCCCUUCCCGCCGACGCAGCGCAAGGUGCUGCUGGACCUGAGCACCGGCCAGUACUACCUGGUGGACGCGCCUGUGCAGCAGCCCCUCAAGAAGAGGCUCUUUGACCCCGAGACCGGGCAGUACGUGGAGGUGCCCAUGCCCCAGCAGCCGGCCGUGGCCCCGAUGCCGCUCCCCAUCUCCCCGCUAGCGCUCAACCCGGCGCCGUAUGGCGCCACCUACAUGAUCUACCCUGGCUUCCUGCCCACCACCAUGCUGCCAGCUAAUGUCCUGCAGCCCCAGCUCUCCCUCCCGGCCAGCGACGUCAGCGCCCCCGCCGAGACCAGCAGCCCAGGGGCAGCACUGCGGGGAGGAGGAGGAGAGGCCACUUUUGUGGAGAGUCCUUAUUAUAUCGCCACGGGUAAAUCCCAGUCGUCAGCCGCCACUGCCCAGCUCAGGGCGGCAGAGGGGAAGCCGGUCAUCAGCAUCACAUCCCAGCAAGUGGGGCCAAGGAUAAUUGCCCCACCCUCCUUUGAUGGUACCACCAUGAGGUUCGUGGUGGAGCACAGAUGAUAAACCAAGGAGGCUACUGGAACAAGGAAGACGAUUUAUCCUCCUCCUUUAAUAUGAAACGUGGUAACACUAGGCAUUCAUCCUUAAAAACUGCUUCCACAGUUUUCUCAUUUUUUGCUUCAUACAAAACAAGUGUGCACAAAUUGAAAUUAUCCUCAGGAUGAAAUGCACUGCACGUAUACAGGUAGUGAGUGAUUUAACAUAUGCUGUUUUCAUUUACCUGCAUCAUUGUGGAAAUCAGGUGAAAGAAAUGUUUUAACACUUUAAGAACUCUGAAGUGCACAACUAGAAUAUAUAGCAUGUAAAGUUCAUCCUUGUGUUCCUCAAUAAUGUUGCCUAGAUUUAUAAGUUUUACAUUUUUAUCAGAAUUUUGCUUUUCUGUUCAGGUGCCUUUUAAGGAAAAUGAAUGCAUCUUUGCCAUUUUCAUGAAUGAUAAUGAUAAAGUCUAUUUAUGUUAUAAAUAGGAUUUCUGUGUUAUAUGAAACAGACAGUACUUCAGACUGCAGGACAGUAUAGCUACCAAAGUAGAUUGACCAUAGUCACACAAAUAUGUGUAUGGUACACACACUAUAAUGCUAGCAUCUGCAUUUAAAAAUAUUAGCGACAUCAUAUCUUUUUCUAUAACGGUGCUCAGAGAGGAGUUUCACAUUACAGUUUACAAGAUGUAGGUUUGCACACACAAACUCAGGGUUUACAGUUUUGCCCGGUGUACUUGAAAGAAAAAAAAUGGUGCCCUGUAUUUCAAAAAAUAUUUGUAGUAAAUGUUUUUGUUAAACUGCCUGUAAAAAAAUGAAAGCAAUAACAUGAAGCAGUAUCAACAAUUAUCUGUUUUCUCAGGGGAAAUCUCUUCAAUAGAAUGUUUGGCAUUAGAAUUGAAACAGUGUUUGCUUAAUUUUGUCUGUUAAUAUUAAACAGACUACAUGUUUGCAUAAAGUGUCAGUUAUGCGAGGUGUUGUGUGCUUUGGUCCUGAUCCAGCAAAGCACUUGAGUAUGUCUUUACCUGUAAGCACUUGAGUAGCUCCACUGACAUGUUUAAUUAAGCAUGUGCUUUGGUGCUUUGCCUUGUUGGAGCCAGAACUCUCAACAUCCUGCAAGAUGGAGCCUCAGAUCCUUAACAUUAUGUGUAUGCAAAUAGUACUCCAGGCUUGAGUCUGACAUGAAAUAUGCAGGCAUGCAUUGCUUUAAAGAGUAGUAAUAUGGUGCUUAUGCGUUCUUACCCAGUGGUAAAUUUGUCAAGUUAACAUAGUCAUGUGUAACCACAUAUCUUGGAUUAGAAUCAAGCCCUCUGUGUCAGGUUCACAAGCUGCCAGUAUUGUAUGUUUCAUAUUGUGGUCAUAGUACCUUAGGGUGAAAUUCACCCAUCUGUAGAGAAUCAGCACAAAAUCCAGGUACUGCUCAAGUUCCACGUAAGCCUUGUGGGCCUGAUCCAAAGUCCUCUGAAGUCAACAUAAAGAGUCCUGUUGAUUGCAGUGGAUUUUGAAUCACAUCCUGCUUGAAGGCUUAAAUGAGACUCGAGCGGUCCUUGUGUUAAUGUGCAGCGCAGAAGGGUGAAUUUCACUCUUUUUAGAAUUAUUGAUACAUACUCACUUCGGUGAAUAAUUUUAAAGGUAUAUUUAUGGGUUGUGUGUUUGUUCCCAUCUGCAUUCAAAGAUGAGUUUACUAUGUAGUGGUGAUGACCAAAGUGUCAUUCCUUUUCGUAGAAGUUACCAUAAACUUGUGGCUACCUGAGAAUUCAUACAAUACUUUAAAACAUGCUUGAUGUGGAAGAUGAUCC